AUGGCCACACCAGUGAAGACUGUUAGGCGCAACCCCUCUUAUUCUUUCCUGAAUCCGAAUCUGGAUUCCCUUGGGUGUUUAGCAAAGAAGAUCACGCCAGAUGAGAUAACCAACUUCAGAAAGGAAUAUGGGUACAUUCUGAGCCUUCUCAAGAUGCCGUUCACCAAGUAUGAGCAAGAAGGGGUUCAUACUUUGCUGCAGUUCUAUAAUCCUUCCCUCCGCUGCUUCACGUUCACCGACUACCUCUUGGUUCCUACAUUGGAAGAGUAUUCCCUAUUUCUUGGCAUCCCUAUAAAGAAGGAAGUGCCAUACUAUAGCACCAUGAAGAGCAAGUCGGUCGUGGAAGCAAAUCUCACCAAGAAGGGAGGAGGUUUUGGUUUUUGCAUGGAGUUUCUGGUUAAAAGGGGUUGUGAGGCUGCUGAAGCAAAGGAAUGGGACACAUUUAGGGCUAUCUUGGCUCUAAGUAUAUAUGGCAUCGUGUCACAUCUGCCUGAGCGUGGAGCUUUCGUUGAUAGUAGGCACACAUCUAAAUGGGCUGAAAGGAUUAUGGGGCUGAGGGCUAAAGAUAUUGUCUGGUAUAAUAGUGCUUUAGAUGACAGGGAAGUUAUUAUGAGUUGCGGAAAGUUCAAAAACGUACCUCUCAUGGGUCUUAGGGGCGGAAUCAACUAUAACCCCGUCUUGGACAGAAGAACAUUUGGAUAUGCUUUUCUCAGUCCACCUGAGCAAACAGAGAUAGCUGAGAACAUUUUCUAUCAUGUGGCCACCGACAAUGGGCAAAUGGAAGAAGCUGUACAAGCCUGGAACAGUAUUUGUUGGAGAGAUAAGAAACAUUUUGGUCAGCGAGACUGUGCUACUUAUGAGGAUUAUACUAAGUGGAUCGAGUCUGUGGUUGCUGUUCAAGGGAUGCCUUUCCCUCCUAAGGACCCUUUGUACCUGUCAUACCCCAAUUUUUGA